AUGUCGACAUUAUUUGAUAUAGUUGAUGCUGCUAAUCGUCGUUUUGAAGAACUUUUUAAUAGUAAUAAACUUAAUGAAUUAGUUGAACUUUAUACAUCUAAUGGUAAACUUUUACCACCGGAUAAAAAUAAAUAUGAAAGACGUGAACAAAUAAAACAAUUUUGGGAAAGUACCAAAAGUGCUGGUGUAAAUAAUUUAUAUCUUACAAUAGAAACAGUUUUAGAAGCAGGAAAUGAUCGAUUAGUUGAAACAAGUUCAUAUGAACAUUCUUUAGAUAAAGGAAAUUAUUAA